CCUGCAUUUCUGUGGUAAUGACCAACAUGGCCUGUGGUGCUCUGCUCAGCCAGCAGGUGGCGUCUUAGCAGGACGGGGCACCGUCACAGGCUCAUGACGUGCCGAUCAGGCGGAACAUCUCUGCUCAGGGUCCGGGGACUUUCCCCUAAGCACUGGGGGAGAAACCUGGUUCUCAGUGUGUAGCUUAGAGAGCAAGUAUUCAGACAUGCGCAGUACAGCGGUGUCCUCGCGCUGCUUAUAUCCACCAACACUGCACUAUGUGUUUACAGGACGCAGUGUAUAAAAACAUCAGGCUCCAGGCAAUGAUCCAAAAAAACCAAAACAGAAUCAGGGAGUGAACAAUUACACAACCUUUUUUCCGUGUGCUUAUAUAAGACAGAAGCAAAGGAAGGAGGUAGAGAAACACACAGCACCGAGCAGGACCUUAAAACUACAGCGAGGUAAAGCACUGCACAGACACCCUUCCUUAUCAUCCUUAUCUCGGCUGGGAGAGAACGUCUCCUCAGUCAUGAUUACACUGAAACUACACCCUGGUAGAGACGAGCUGGAGGACGAAGGCUUUGUUCUGUGAAUAAUCAGUGAAGGAGAUGUCCUACACACUCCCAGUGGUGCUCUUGCUCAGCUUUGUCUUUCACACACCGACGCUGAGUGAGGAGCUCACGCUGAAGCCUCCUCAGCACGAGCUGUUCAAUGGCUCUCUGUACGCCACAUGCAGGAUGAAACCCAACACCCGGCUGCUGCCGGGAACGCCCCGAGUGUACGGACACGUCCUGUUUAAACAAACCGGCCCACAGGAGAAGUUACAGGUGAUGUUCAGGCUGUACGGUCUGCCUGACUAUAACACAACGUACAGAGCAAUACACAUUCACCAGUAUGGAGAUCUCAGCGAAGGCUGCAUCUCCACCGGUGGCCACUACAACCCGAACGAAGUCAACCAUCCGCAUCACCCGGGGGAUUUCGGAAACUUUAUAACCCACAAUGGGAAGAUUCGACGAGCUGUAACCUCCAAAGCCACUCUGUACGGUGGCACCUCGGUGCUCAGUCGUGCCGUGGUGAUCCACGAGAAGGAGGACGACAUGGGAAACGGAGGAGAUCCAGGAAGUCUUCUGCACGGGAACGCAGGAGCACGACUGGCCUGUUGUGUGAUCGGAAUAAGCAGUUCCAAACCCUGGAAUAAAACUCGUCACUGAAUUAAUGUGAGGUUAAAUCUGUAAACACGUCUGAGCAUCUGAUGGUCAUUCUGUUCAUGUCAUGUUCACAAGGAGGAUAUAAUGAUGUCAUGAUUAGGGAAACUUGAUCUACAGGAAAAACUGCAUGAAGGAACAAAGACACUAACUUUUCUUCUAUUUCUACUUCUCCCUUAUUAUUCAUUAUUAGUUUGUCUUCUUAACAAGCAUCGUUCCUGUACGUCUACAUCUUGUUAGAAUGUCCUCAUUCAAAUGGGGCUCAGAUUUUAUUACGUCAUGAAGAUGUGAUCUAUAUAAUAAGUGCAGAAUUAUUUUGUGUGAUGCAUCUAAAUAAUUUACAUCUUAAUCCGUGACAGGAUUGUUAGAAGAUUCUUCUUCAUCAAUGUACAAAUGAAAUCAUUCGUCACAAACUGAUGUAAAAACAAAUGAACUGUCAGUUCAACGUCUGUGUAAUUGUGCCGUUUCUCUUUUAAUCCAAUUUCGUUAACUUUCAAUGUGUAAUAAAUAGUGUGAUUCAGGA